AGUGUUACAUCGAAGGCACGGGAAGUGCACGCGAGAAUGGCUCGGCUGGAAUGUACUUUCUGGAAGUAACAUUCCGUUAGCUUUGCGCGUAGCGGCAGAAAGGUUCCUAUUUCUUGUCGUAUUAAAAUAUCAUACAAGAAGAUACGACUUGUUGAGAAGUCAAAGGCAAAACAUUGUAGGUACAGAAACACACAAUAGCCCUUUGAAACUCAGUGUGUGCUCCCAUCAUAAUUGAGUGCAAAUUGCAUCUGCUCAAGGAUAAAUGCAUUCGUGGACGCGGUAGACGUCAAGUAACUUGGCAACGAGGUCUCAUAUUCUAAGCCUCUACAUUCUUCACAUCCGUUGAUAUGCAUAACAAAAUUUACAAGUAUAAGUCAUUUCCAUACUCUCAUUCCUUUCUGUUGUACACGCGUUGUCCCUCUCUCUUUUCCAAACUAACGGCAUUAUUUUCAAUAUGAGGACUGCAAGCUUGUUGGUCUUUCUGGCCUUUGCUAGAGGUAUUUUGGGUGCUAUCUGCACUCAAAAUCAAUGUGCUGAUGCCAUUACAUCAAUCGGUGAAAUCAACGUUGGUCUCCAAAGUCGUUCAUUAGAUUGCGCCAAGUUCAUAGCGACUACUGUCACUCCCAAUGCUUCAAUUGCUUUGAUAACUACGUCUGCCAAUAUGGAAGAUUAUCUCUAUGUUCCUUCUCAAACAACAGCCGAUCAUGGUACAAUUCCUACUUACGCAUCAUAUUGUACCGACGCAGCUGCAUAUUCCUCCGCCUGUGAUUGUGCGGGAGUUACACCUUCAGUAGUUGUCGCUCCAACUCCAACUACCUAUCUCUACGAUAAAUUACCACUUUGCGCCAAUCCGGCUACAUGUGCCCAAGGAUAUAGUAACUCUGCUUGUGGAGGUGGUGCUGGUAUUUGUAUUCCUGGUGGAGGAAACGAUGAUUCUGGUUUCUGUGUCGCUGCAGGAACUUGCGGAAUUACCUGCGAAAACAAUUCAGACUGUACAACUGGCAUCUGUCUUAGGGAUGUUUGUUGUGGUUCUACCUGUUACAAUCCUUCGGUUCAAUUUGUUACGACAUACCCUCCUACUCCCAACAAGCUUGCCAAGAAAGACUUUAGAAAUUUUAAGGAUCUUUUCAACAAGUUCAACAUGGCAAAAUCGAAAUUAUUAGGCUCUUCGAAGAACAAAAUCUUGGGUACUUAUCUACCUGAAAACCCUCAGCCUACGAAUUUCUUCAAAGGUGGAUUUUGAGAUGGCAUUAUUUAGAUUGCUGAUAUAUGGAAAGCUGGUCAGGUUGGAGGAAAUGGGACUUGGGUUUUUACGGGAUAUGUAUCUCUUUCUGCUGAAGUCAUAGGGAGGAUUUGAAAGUGUUUGAUCUAUUUCUUUGCGUUCAAGUAUAUGAUAUACAUCAAUGCGUCGUCGUUCUCUUCUUUUACCAGACCUUUUCUAUCUAGAUUACAACACAAUACAAAAUUGAUAACUUUAC